AUGGAGAAUCGCUCUGAGCUCAUCUUUGUUCUUCAGGGUCUGAACGACUCUCUGACAAACCGUCAGAUCUACUUCUCCUUUGCUCUCCUGUCGUAUCUUUGCACCAUCUUUGUUAACCUGACCCUCAUCGUGGUGGUCUGCCUGGAGAAGUCGCUUCAUGAGCCCCUGUACGUCUUCCUGUGUAACCUUUGUGUUAACGGGAUCUGCGGAGCAUCCAGCUUCUACCCAAAGCUUCUCCACGACCUCCUGGCUGACUCUCAUGUCAUCACGUACGCCAGCUGUCUGACUCAGAUCUUUGUGGUUUAUGGUUACGUGUUUGUUGAGUUCACCAGUCUGACUAUCAUGGCGUACGACCGCUACCUGGCCAUCUGCAAGCCGCUGCAGUACCACACACUGAUGACGGCACAGCGAGUGGCUCAACUGCUGCUGCUCACCUGGAGCUUCUCGCUGCUGGAGAUUUCCGUGGGCAUUGCCCUGACUGCCCGCCUGCCGCUCUGUGGACGCCACAUCCCCAAGAUCUUCUGCACCAACUGGGAGGUGGUGAAGCUUUCGUGCUCAGACACCACGGUCAACAACAUCUAUGGCUUUGUGCUCAUGUUCUCACACAUCUCUCAGACUGUACUCAUCCUGGUGUCCUACACACACCUGGUCCACGCCUCGCUGCACAUGCAAUCCAACCGCAGGAAGUUCAUACAGACGUGUGUGCCGCACCUCAUCACACUGCUCGUCUUCACCGGCUCACUGCUGUUUGACGUCAUGUACUCUCGUUACAGCGGCAGCAGCACGCUGCAGACGCUGCACAACAUGCUGGCUGCAGAGUUCCUGGUGGUUCCGCCCCUCGUUAACCCCAUCAUCUACGGCAUCAACCUGCAUCAGAUCCGCUCCAAGAUGCUCCACUACUUCACACACAAACCACAGACUGUAAGACCACAUCCAUGAAAAACAAGAUCACUAUGAAAACAAUCUACUGACACUUCCUCUCAACUCUCCUGACUGAGAGCAUUUCUGUUUCAACUUUCCUCCUGAGGACUGAAAUGAAAGCAAAAUAUGAAACCAGGUCUUUAGUCCUACUUCAUGUUUGACCAGAGCUCUAAAGCAGACAGAGGGUUCCUGUGGAGAUGAAGAACGUUUAGUUUGCUGUCUGCUUGAGUUCUGAAAGUUGUGUGUUGUUGUAUUUUGGCCAGGACUUCUUUG